GAGGAGGCGACGCGGCACUUCCAGCUCCUAGGCAAGGCCUACGUGGUGCUGAGUGACCAGGCGCAGCGGGCGCUGUAUGACGAGCAGGGGGUGGUAGAUGAGGAGUCAGAUGCGCUGAGCCUGGACCGCAACUGGGAGGAAUACUGGAGAUUGCUCUUCAAGAAGAUCACCAUAAAAGAUAUUGAAGACUUCGAAAAGAAGUAUAAAGGUUCAGAAGAAGAGCUAGCUGAUAUUAAAGCAGCGUAUAAAGAUUUCAAGGGAGACAUGGACAAAAUUAUGGAAUCUGUACUGUGUGUUGAUUAUGCAGAUGAACCAAGAAUAAGGAAGGUCAUACAACAAGCCAUUGAAUCUGGAGAAGUUCCAUCUUACAAAGUCUUUGUAAAAGAGUCUAAGCAAAAAAUGAAUGCAAGAAAAAGGAGGGCUCAAGAAGAAGCUAAAGAGGCAGAAAAGACCAGGGAGGAACUUGGCCUUGGUGAAGGGGAAGAUGACUUGAAAGCACUAAUUGAAAGCAGAAAUAAAGAUAGAAAGAAAGAAAUGGAUGACUUUCUGGCUCAAAUGGAAGCAAAGUAUGGAAACAAUUCCAAGAAAGGAGGAAGGAAAACAGCACCCAAGAAGGCAAAGAAAUAAUUACCUAUUGACUUUUUCUAGACUUUGUCAAUCCAUAAAUGAAUGCCAGUUCUAGUAAAUCUCUGCAGCCUUCCAGUUCAGAAGACAUGUGCAUCAAUGCAUUGUGGCUGAGAAGAUGAUAGCAAGUACAAUGCAAAUGAACAUCUAAAAUAGUGUCACCAAAAUGUUCUCCCAAUUUUUAAUUAUGGUUACAUAGAUUAUUGAAUUACCACUGUGCCACAGAUAAGGGUUGUAAACUUACUAUUUUGGAUUUAUAUCUAUCAAAAAAUUGAAUUGUGUAAACAGCAAAACCUACCUGAGACUACUGCUGGUGGCAAACCAAUGUAAUUUAACGGGGUUGAGUGUCUUAAUGUUGGGUGCGUGGGGCUUCUUAUCUGAGUAUCUCAUGAACAGAACCAGAAAAUGCUUACUAGUUUUCCCGGUACUACUCUGUUGCUCUUAUGGUCUUUGCACUUCUGUUGAACAGGGCAAGAGUUUUUCAAGUAUUAGUGGGUUUAUUAAAGAUUUUUGAAAACUAGCUUUAAUAAAAGUUUUUGCAGAAUUGUA